UAACCAAGCACCCCUUCCUCGACGCCCAAUUGACCUUGGGCCAUGGAUAUCCGUCCUCCUCUUGCAUCUCGACCUUUUCCUACAAUCAAGCACGCAAAACACCAAUCUUGCUCCCUCCUCACAUCCGUCACCAAUAUACAUUUGUCUCGUGCCGUUUCCAGUCAAACAGAGUAGUGGGUUCCACUCACUCAUCAGCACUCACCAGCCCGGUCUGCACGAACGCGCAGCAUCAAUCUCUCGGUGAUCCGCUCCCUCCGUCCGGCCUAAACUAAGCUAUCCGAGGCCGAAGCCAUCGAUCACUCGCGACAUAACCUAUCUCCUAUCGGCCCACGCAUCUCUGUAAAUAACAAUGUCUCGUUCUGUAGUCACCCAGACUAUCACCUACCGCAAACCCGACACCUUGCCUCCCGUUUUCGUUGCUGGGUCUUUCAGCGAGCCAGCAUGGACUCCACUGCACAUGGAAUAUGCUCUCGAUAUGGAUGGCGAGUAUGUCUUCACCCGAGAGGUCCGCUUAGUCCCAGGGCGUGAGUAUCAAUUCAAGUUCCGGCUGGGGAAUAUGGAUAUAUGGGCGAUCAGCCAUCGUUAUCCGACAAGUGAGUCUUCCUUUGACGAUGAGGGGAAUCAGAACAAUUUGCUCAAAGUCGAACCGGAGUACACGCAGCCAGCUCAAAAGAGCAUGCCGGGCAAGGUCCUGAACGACAAGGGGAUCGUCAACAUUGAGGACAGUCCUUUGACCAAGCCAGUGGAUACGUCUGCGCGCAAUGCAGACGACGAGUAUUCAUACCAGGACUGUGACCCAGUACAGUCGCCGCUGUUCGCGCAUGAGUCCUUUGGCGCAUAUGAGUUUGCCAAUGACGGCCUCGAACAAGACGAGUCCGUAGCCAUGAUACCGAGGCUUUCCAAAACAGCGUCAAAGGAUUUCGCUGCCAAUGAGGCCGAUCCGAACGAUCCAAUGGUCGAAAGUUUUCCCUCUGAGCGCGGACCUGUCAUGGAUGCCUUGCGCAAGAUCCAGUCCAGCUCGAACGAUGAUUCCCUGCACGCAAUCAAGGCAUCCAUGUCGCCUUUUAUGGCUCCAAGACGCGAAAGCGUUGACUCUGCGACCGAUGACGUUGUAUCGACCGAAUCGCUUAGCCCGACGAAUAACUCCAUGCUGAGGAAGCAGAAUAUGAUGCCCGCACACUCAGGUCUAUUCACGACAAAGUCCACCGCAUCUUUGGGUUCCAUUGCUGAGGAGGAUUCCAAGGAGCCAAGAUCAGUCACUCGCACUUUGGAAAAGGGUGGGAAAGGUGCCAGUCAGCCGCGUAAGACCGUCUUUGAGGGCCUUGAUUCCGGGCCGAGUGACGAAGACGAGGGCGUCGUUCUCAAGAAUGCGAAGGCUCGGACCGACGAGAGUAAUCAUCAAGUCAAGAAGUGGUUCGGGGUCACCGGAUAGGACCGCACACUGAGACCUCCGCCAUCAGUGAGGAGAGACAUGGGCAGAGCAGAGGGUGAAAGCCCAGCUCGCGGGACGCGAGUUUGCCCUGGUGGCCCGUAUGUGGCUUGUGGCCCUGGAGCAGUGAAGUAGGCCGCACUCAAACUCUCACUGAGUUAUCGGCUGACCUUUCCCAGCGUUGUAAAGAUGGGCCUCGUGGUUGCAGUU